AAUAGGAUAGGAUAGGAAUGUAUCCUUCUAAUGGUAGCAAUUCAACAAAAUGAUUCCACCAAGGGCAGUUAAUGAUGAUGAUGAUGCGGCGUCUUUCCUUGAAACUCCCUGAGCAUGUCAGCUUUGGAAGGAGGUUCCCGAAACACAGUCACUUCGCCCCUCCUUCCCCGUUUCUGCCUUGCUGGCCCCUGUGCACUCUCUCCGUUACUCAAUCGGUAAUGCAUAUUUAUACUGUUCCGAAACGGCAAGAAAUUAGAGAAGGGGGGGACGGAGGAAAGGAAAAGUUAUUUACCCUGACGUCAAUUUGUAAACAAAAUGGCGAGCCGGGCUGGGAGGAGGAGCACGGUUUGAGACAAAAAAGAAAGAAGUAGCAAAUACCAACUGUGCUGUCUUCAUUUGUAUCCAGUGACAGCGGGCAACAUGAAGUCUUUCAAGGCGUUGUUCCCCUCGAACUUUUUUAGGAUUGCAAGAAAACUGGCUACCGAAGCGAGCUGCAACUAGGAGUUAGAGGGAUCAUUCUCCGGAGGACCUAAAGUGGAGUCAACUUUUUCUUUUCUUUUUUUUAAACUAAAAAAAAAAAUGAACAUUUUUUUUCCCCCCAAUGAGAAUGAAAAAGCAAUCCCGUUCUCAGCACUGCAACAAAUUUGCUCAGCAAUUUAACUUCUGACACGCGUAGGACAUUACAAAUAAAAAUAAGGGCAUUCAAAUACAAUUUCCAGGAACCGCUCGCUGCAGGAAAUCUUUGUGAGAUUGUAGCAUAUUUUUGUUUACAUGUUCUUUCUUUUUUUUUGUCACAAUAUGGUAUUUAGUGAUGAAGAAGGGGUGAAUGAUCUGGUACCAAGGUAGCAUGACUUCCAAAUAAAUGUAAGUUACUCUUGAUGUUUCAUGUCAUGAGUGAUCAUCUUACAGAAAGAUAAAGGGUAUCCUAGACGCGCUUCCAAAAUAUACUGUAUUUUAUUUAAAAUUUACUCUAUUUAUUAAAGUCAUAAGACCAUGGCUGUGAGGUCCAGGAGACCCUGGAUGAGUGUUGUGCUGGGACUGAUUCUUGGAUUUACCGCGGCUUCUUGGCUUAUCGUUCCUAGGGUGGUGGAAAUCAGUGGCAAGAAGAGAAAAUCCACUGUCUGCUCUUACUAUAGCAACGUAGCAGGUAUCGGCAAAGCUGCAGACAGCACCGGGAGCAGCGUCAGCAGCAAUGCUUGGCACAUAGACAAGGACAGUCAGCUUUUCAGACGGGAGGAAAGCGAGGAAGAGAAUGACAGCAGACACAGGACAAGCAACGGCAGUGGGGAUGGAGAUAGACCGAUAUCCAAACCCAGAAAUUUCCUCUACGUGGGUGUCAUGACAGCAAAGAAAUACCUGGAAUCGAGAGCCGUGGCAGCUCACAGGACUUGGACACAUUCCAUCCCCGGGAAAGUAGAGUUCUUCUCGAGCGAGGGGUCUGAGAGCGUCCCCGUGCCCAUUCCCAUCCCAGUGAUCUCGUUGGCAGGAGUGGAUGACUCCUACCCUCCUCAGAAAAAGUCCUUCAUGAUGCUGAAGUACAUGCACGACCAUUACUUGGACAAGUAUGAAUGGUUUAUGAGGGCAGACGAUGAUGUCUACAUACGAGGCGACAAGUUGGAGGAGUUUCUCAGAUCCCUGAAUAGUAGUAAGCCAAUGUACUUGGGACAGACCGGAUUGGGCACUACUGAAGAACUUGGAAAACUGGCGCUGGAGCCAGGGGAGAAUUUCUGCAUGGGAGGACCCGGCAUGAUCUUUAGCCGGGAGGUGCUGAAGAGGAUGGUGCCUCACAUAGGAGAGUGUCUCCGGGGGAUGUACACCACACACGAGGACGUAGAAGUGGGCCGAUGCGUCCGGAGAUUCGGGGGCACCCAGUGUGUCUGGUCAUAUGAGAUGCAGCAGUUGUUUUAUGAAAACUAUGAACACAAUAAGAAGGGAUACAUCCAAGAACUUCACAGCAGCAAAAUCCAUAACACAAUCACUCUUCAUCCCAACAAGAGGCCUGCCUAUCAGUAUAGGUUGCACAACUACAUGCUGAGCCGCAAAAUUUCGGAGCUACGCUACCACACCAUUGAGCUCCACAGGGAGAGCGUCGUCAUGAGCAAGCUCAGCAACAUGGAGGUGCAGAAGGCAGAUCAACAGCUGGGGCUGAUGCCCUCCUACACACGCUUCCAGCCAACAGAAAGGAACGAGGUUAUCGAGUGGGACUUCUUGACCGGGAAACAUCUAUAUUCCACGGCCGAGAAACAGAUGCCUCGUCAAGGUAUCAACAGCCUUCUGAGGACAGCAUUGGAUGACACUGUCCUUCAGGUCAUGGAGAUGAUCAAUGAGAACUCCAAGACGAGAGGACGUGUGAUUGAGUUCAAAGAGAUUCAGUAUGGAUACCGCAGGGUUGAUCCCAUGCAUGGGGCAGAGUACAUCUUAGAUCUGCUGCUUCUUUACAAAAAGCACAAGGGGAGAAAGGUUACGGUUCCAGUGAGGCGACACGCCUACCUUCAGCAGUCAUUCAGCAAGCCCUUCUUCAUUGAAGCAGAGGAACUUGACGUGAAAGAGCUUGUUGACAACAUCAACACAGACUCUCAAUCCUUCUCAUUCCUUUCCAAUUCUUUAAAGAUAUUCUCGCCCUUCCAGUUUACUGAAUCAACCAAAGAGAUGAGGGAAAGGAGUGAAAAGAAAAUCCACAUUCUAGUUCCUCUCACAGGGAGAUAUGACAUUUUUUUGAGGUUUAUGGAGAACUUUGAGAAGACAUGUCUAAUCACAAACCAGAAUGUAAAACUAGCCAUAAUUCUAGUCAACAGCGACUCCAACCAAGACAAAGAUAAGCACAUUGAACUAAUAAAGGAAUACAGAAAUAAGUAUCCCAAGGCAGAUCUGUCCAUCAUCCCCAUGACAGGAGAUUUCUCCAGGGGCUUGGCUCUAGAAAUGGGCUCAUCGCAGUUGGAGAACAACACGUUGCUGCUGUUUUGUGAUGUUGACCUUAUGUUUAAUGCAGAUUUUUUGCAGAGGUGCAGAGACAAUACCAUUCAGGGAGAGCAGGUAUAUUAUCCUGUCAUCUUCAGCCAGUAUGAUCCAAAAAUAGUGUACGGAGGCAAUCCUCCUGAAGACAGCACCUUUGUUUUUACCAAGAAAAGUGGGUUCUGGAGGGACUAUGGAUUUGGGAUCACUUGCAUAUACAAAACUGAUCUGAUAAAAGCUGGUGGCUUUGAUACCUCAAUCCAAGGUUGGGGACUAGAAGAUGUAGAUCUCUUUACUAAAGUAUUACAUUCAGGGUUGAAGGCCUUUCGAAGCCAAGAGGUUGGAAUUGUCCACAUUUACCAUCCAGUUCACUGUGACCCAAACUUAGAUCCCAAGCAAUAUAAGAUGUGCUUGGGGUCCAAAGCAAGUACUUAUGCAUCCACGAUGCAGCUAGCUGAACUCUGGUUGGAGAAGCACUUAGGUGUGGGGUACAACAGAACGUCAUCCUGACAUUCCAGUUCAUUCUUCCUUUAAGGGGAGUUUACCUCAAUUGUGAGUGUGUGGGUGUCUGUAUGUAUGUAUGUGUGGAUGUAUCUGUGUACAUGUAUUCUUUGUGUCAUUAGUUCCUCUACAGCGUCUUCCAAAGGACAUUUACCAGCACAUAGCAGUGGCAGUCCAUCUGUAGUCGAUGAUUUCAAAGUAAAGCUGAAAUUAUUGAAGCUGUGUUUUAUUUUUUCUGUAGUUUUUUUGUUUGUUUUUUUUUUGCUUUCUAUCAUUAGAAUAACCAGAGUAUCUGAACUAUUCUCAGGAGCACAUCCUCCACAAAACAAUAGCCACUUCAAGUGUAUGUGUGCUGUGCUACUUUUGUUCUGUAAAGGCUGUAGUAAUUAUAGUGCUUAUCAACUUUCUUUCAGACAUCACUGAACCCAAUGUGAUAAAAUAAUAAUAAUAAUAAUAAUAAUAAUAAUAAUAAUAAUAAUAAUAAUAAUAAUAAUAAUAAUAAUAAUAACGUACUGUUGAAAGUACCACAAAAGUGCUUUAAGCUUCCACUUGAGAAGGAGCUCUGUAAUAUAGAUUUGAGUUUUUUAAUUUAUACAAGAUGAAAAUAAUGUACACAGACCCUUCUUCAUCUGCAGUAUUUUUAAAAUGUGUGAAUAAUUCUGAUGAUUGUGUCUUUAUUUUUUAGAAAUGUUUCUGUGAUGUAAAAGGUACUGGAUACCAAUAUCCCAUGUUCACGUGCUUCUAAUACCAUUUGGUUUCAAAAUUACUGACUUUCUUUUUUCAUGUGAACACGCUGCAAACAGACUUACUUGCAUUAUUUCAGCUUUGUGACUUUCAUGCAGUUCAGUUUGCUGGCAAGAACAAUGAAAUUCUAUUAAAAAAGGGUUAUUUAUAAUAAAGUAUACGCUUAAAAAAAUCA